AUGAGCAACGACAUGAAGAAAGACGCCGAGACUCUUGCCAAGGUCGACUCUCACCAAGACGUUGCCGAUGGCGGCGACGACGACUACCGACUCGCCCAGCUCGGGCACGCGCAGGAGCUGGAGAGACGCUUCUCCCUGCCCGCCCUUGGAGCGUUGUGUCUCUGCCUCAUGGCAACUUGGGAAGCUCUGUCAACUGUCGUUGCACCGGCUCUAGUCAGCGGCGGCGCACCUUGCCUGUUUUACAACCUCAUCCUUUCAACCCUUUGCACCGUUUGCAUCGCCUCGUCGCUCGGGGAGAUUGCUUCUAUAUACCCAACUGCCGGAGGCCAAUACCACUGGGUUGCAGCACUAUGCCCAGCAUCGACUCGCUCCGCGGCCGCAUUCGCAACCGGCUGGAUCUCCGUCGGUGGCCAAGUCAUCUUGACCUCGUCCGCCGCGUUCGCGGCCGGCCUCCAGACCCAGGCCCUCAUCAUCAUCAACGACGGCUCUUAUAUCCCGGCACGCUGGCAAGGCAUGCUUUUCUACUGGGCCAUCCUGGUGUACGCCAUGGCUGUGAACAUCUGGGGCCACAGGCUUCUGCCGACGGCAAACCUGGUUUCCGGUGUUCUCCACGGCCUCGGCUUCCUAGUCAUUCUCAUCGUGCUCGGCGUCAUGGCACCCAAAAACACCGCGUCGUUCGUGUUCACGGAAUUCGUCAACUCCAGCGGGUGGGACAGUGACGGCGUUUCGUGGCUUGUCGGGCUCAUCAGUGCAGUCUACCCCUUUCUCGGCUAUGACGCGGCGUGCCAUCUGGCCGAGGAGAUGCCCAACGCAAGCCGGAACGUUCCCAUCGCCAUGGUCGGCAGCGUCGUCGUCAACGGCCUCAUGGGCCUCGUGUUCGGCACCGUGCUGCUCUUCUCCACGGGCCCCCUCGAGGCGCUCCUCACGACCCCGACCGGCUUCCCGUUCAUGCAGAUCUUCCUCGACGUGACCAGGUCCCCCGCCGCCGCGACGGUGCUGUCCGUCAUGAUCGUCCUCACCGCCGUCGCGGCCACCGUGGCCGGCAUCACGUCCACCUCGCGGACGCUGUGGGCGUUCGCCCGCGACAGGGCCACGCCCUACGACCGCCACCUGAGCAGGGUCAACAAGCGCCAGCGGAUCCCGGUGCAGUCGGUCGUCCUCGUGACCGUCCUGCAGAUGCUGCUGGGCUUCAUCUACCUCGGCAACACGACGGCCUUCAACGCCAUCUUGUCGAUGUCCAUCAUCGGCAUGUACGCUAGCUACAUCUUGCCCAUCGUCUACAUGCUGGCCUAUGGGAGGAAGAACUUGAGCCGUUCCGAUUACGGCCCUUUCAGGUUGGGCCCGGUGCUGGGUCCUGUCCUGAACGUCAUCAGUCUGAUAUGGAUGACCGUCGUCAUCGUCUUCAGCACCUUCCCCUCGGCGAUGCCUGUCACGCCACAGAACAUGAACUAUUCCGUCGUCGUAAUGGCGGGAUGGCUGUUCUUUGGUGUUGCCUACUACCUCUCUUUUGGCAAGAAGAAGUUCAAGGUGCCAGUUGUCGGUAGCAACUUAGUGGACGGCGUCUCUGUUUCUGUGGGUGUCUGA